GCCAACAUCCGUCUCAGGACAUUUGUUGUCGUCGUGGCUCGUGUCAUAACAUCAAGCUGCAUGAAAGUCAACACAGCCAUGCUUUGUUUAAGUAACUGUCCCCGAGGAUUAGUCAUUAGAGACAUGUCGUGCACAAAGCGAAUAUUCUCUAAGAGAUCUCGCGUUAAAGUCGUACCGCUGUUCGGUGCAGCUUUCACCUCCUGCAGAUGUUUGCAUGCAGAACUAGUGAGACAUGAGUCCAAGGGCCUACCAGUCGUCCAUCACAGCAGGUACGUGUGUGACCUGCCACCUAACCACAGGUUCCCCAUGGGCAAGUUUCCACGGGUUUUGCACUUUUUACUCAAAGAUCAAGUCAUCACAGAGGCGCAGGUGUGGGUCCCUGAAAUAGCUUCUAAAGAAUUACUGAGCCGUGUGCACACGGAGGAUUACCUGAGCAACUUCAUAAAUGGGAAAAUAAAUGAGCAAGAACAGAGGAGGACCGGGUUCCCCUGGAGUGAAGGCAUAGUGAGGCGCUGUCGAUAUGAAACGGGUGGGACUGUUCUGGCUGCUGAAGUAGCUCUGCAGCGAGGCCUGGCGUGCAGCACUGCAGGAGGGACCCAUCAUGCUUUUCCCAGCUACGGUUCAGGGUUUUGUCUCCUUAACGACUUGGCAGUUGCAGCCAAAUACCUGGUGGGCGACUCGGCGACCAAAAGGAAGGUCCUGAUUGUGGAUCUAGAUGUGCAUCAGGGCGAUGGCACAGCCCUCAUUUUUAAAGAGGAGCCAUCAGUGUUUACAUUUUCGGUGCAUUGUGGGAAAAACUUCCCCCUCCGUAAACAACAGAGUGAUCUGGAUGUCAGCGUGGACGAUGGGAUGGAAGACAAGGAGUACCUGUCCACAGUGGAGACCCACCUUCCCUGGCUGCUGGAGACCUUUCGUCCAGACCUGGUUCUGUACGACGCCGGUGUCGAUCCUCACUGGGAAGACGAACUUGGGAGGCUCCGUCUGACUGACCAAGGGCUGUAUCAGAGAGAUCUGUACGUGAUGAAGACCGUGGUGAGCAGAGGCGUCCCUGUCGCCACCGUUAUCGGCGGAGGAUACUCAAGAGAUAUCGACAAACUGGCCCUGAGACACUCCAUCGUCCACAGAGCAGCUGCUCAGGUUUGGAGAGAGUGUGGAAUGUGAAACCUUCAACUCUCGACUCAAGAGAAUCUCCAGUGUGUAGAGUGGGAGCCAGGACGCUUCUUGAAACCUGAGCUUCAACAUCUAGGAACGUCUCCACAGACACCACAAAUGUGAAGAGUUCAAUAGGUUCAAAUGCCUUUUUGUUACAUCAUUUAGUAGCAGUUACUUACUUCUUUAAAAACUCCUGAAGAUCUCCACUGAAAUGUCUCCAAUUAUGCCUAUGAGAGUAAUAAAAAACACUUUAAACUUUAAGAAAGGAAACUGGAUUGGUAGAAUUUCUUGAAGAUGUUUUUUGCCACUCAUCCCAGUAGAUUCUUCAAUUCUAAGGAACUGGUGAGAAUUGGAGGUUUAAAUAGAAACAUUUACAGGUGUAGCCCCCUCAACAACAGGGAAGUGUAUAGACAAGUUUCUGAUGGAUACAUACUCAGAUGUUCCUAUUUAAAUCUCAACUUCCUACUAGUCCCUUAGAACUGAGGUUACUCAGAUAAGUGACAAACCAUCUUCUAAAAAAAAAACUACUGGCCCAGUUGCCUUUCUUGAAUUUGCACGUUGGCUAAUGCAUCUUUUAAGACAUACGUCUUCAACAGCGGGUCCACGGAGGUACUGCAGGGGGGUCGCAUCUUUCAAUCAUCUUUGGUUGAUUAGACAUUUUUUAUAUGUUUUUUCCACAACAAAUUGAAAUUAUGUUAAAUACACAUCAACAUGGAUCCAACAUGUUUUAGUGAAGGGAUAAGGGAUAGCUUAAUAUUUAAUGCAAAAUGAUAAUAAUAAUGUAUAUUUAGAAAUAACACUAGUCUAAGCUUAAUAUUAGGGAUGUCCGACAUGGACUUUUUGCCGAUAGCCGAUAUUGUCCAAAUUCUUAAUUUCCGAUUCCUAUAUCAACGGAUAUGGUAUACCGAUAUAUGCAGGCGUUUUUUUUCGCCCAGACUAAGUGUGAGUGAGCAAGCAACCUGUUAGCCACACUAGCUACACUCUGUUUAAGCAAUAUUACCCGAGAGGGUGUGCUUUAGCUUCAUUUGAAAUGUCACCGAAGUGCUCAAAUUAGGUUUAAGCACACCCUCGAGGGUAAUAUUUAGAUUAUACAACAAUUACCAACAAAAGAAAGCGUGUAAUUAAAUAUAUAUUCAUAUUGAUGGACAUUUUGCUCUCAAUUUUGCGAGUGUGCUUCCCGUUUCCAUGGAAAUAAAUGGGGCCUGGCUAAUACCUGGAAAACAACCAAUCACAGCAGUAGACUCUGUGUGUAAUGGAACAGUUUACUACUCCAGCAAGUACCCCGAGCCUUAGUAACGACCUAGCAACGGAGAAACUUUCUAGUACCGCCCAAACUGAAUAAAUAGCGCACACAUAAAGACUAAACUGCUUUAUUAGUUUAGUCUUGUAGUGACUAACAUGUCUGCUGAAAAAUAUAUUUUUCCAUAGACAGACUGACCACCUAAUUUCAAAUUUAUUUUGAAGCCUGCGCCGUAUCAGGGACUCACCAGAACAGCUGACGAUCCAAACAUUUCCAGUAACCCCACAGAGUUGUAAAGUCCAAAAGUCAAAAUGUAUUGAACAAAGAUCGAUGGAAUAAUUUCCAACAUGAACAUCAUGUUUUUAUCUAAUGGAUUAUUCCCCUUCAGUCCAUAUUAGUCCACGUUUAGCCUGUAAAAAAUGUUUUCUCUGCUCUCACUGAGCUACUUGGUCUCCGACGUGCUGCACACAAAUGAGUUACACCUGUAUUAACGAGGCGGUCCAACAGAUUCGUAACACUAUUAAAUAUUUAUUAAAGAAAGCUGAAAUUGUAAAUUCGGAUGUAUUGCUUUAUUUAAGUUGACUUCCAGUGGACUUAUUCGUAUUUGUUUACAUGUUACAGAUUUUCAGGACGUGACAACGUGGAGGUGGCGGAGUGAUAUUUUUUAGUGAUGAGUCAGCCGUGCUGUAAUGGUGAUUUCAGCACGUUCUAAAUGUCUCAUUGACCAAUCAGAUUGCUUGGUUGGAACUACUUGUCGUGUAAUGUUGUUUUGGCUCCAGGUGAGGUUUGAUAAGGUCAUCAAUCGCGCGCCGGUAAAUGUCUCAGGACCCCACAAGCAGCAGGAGCGCGC